AUUAAAUGCAAAACGCUUUAAUUCUAUCAGAAGACACACACUCCAUACCAAACACCCCCAAUUUGGUGAAAUCGCACAUGAUUUCUUCUGUUUUCAUCAUUUCAAACCAGUGGACCUUAAGAAGUCGUGUCAAACGGUAACAUCUGCCAAUUUUAUUAUUAUUAUUCAAUAAGAAACAAACACAAAUAUCUGAAGAGAAGAAGAAGAAGACAAGCAAUCAACAAUGGCUACUUUGACCAUCCCACCUGUGUUAUCCUCACCUCGUGAUGACGCCAUGCACUUGUACAAAGCUUUCAAGGGACUCGGUUGUGACACCUCAGCAGUUAUCAGUAUUCUUGCUCAUCGUGAUGCAUCGCAGCGUGCUCUCAUCGAAAACGAAUACAAAAUCAUGUACUCCGAAGAGCUCACCAAAAGACUCUCUUCAGAGCUCAGUGGAAAUGUCAAGAAAGCAGUCUUACUUUGGAUGCCUGAUCCUGCUCGAAGGGAUGCAAUCAUAUUAAAAGACGCUUUAACAACCGACAUUGAUCUAAAAGCCGCCACAGAAGUCAUAUGUUCUCGAACACCAUCCCAAAUACAACAUCUUAAGCAGUUGUAUCACACACUUUUCGGUUCGUACCUUGAGCAUGCCAUUCAAACUCAAACUUCUGGUGACCUUGGACAGUUGCUUCUGGCAUAUUUGAGUACACCUCGAAGCGAAGGGUUCGAGGUUGAUAGAACAACGGUGGAUCAUGAUGCUAAAGCUUUGUUUAAAGCCGGGGAGAAGCGAUUGGGAACCGAUGAGAAGACGUUCAGAGCCAUUUUCAGUGGAAGAAGUCGAGCUCAUUUGGCUGCUGUCAGUGCUGCGUAUCAUAAUAUGUACGGGAACACACUGAAAAAGGCUGUAAAAGGUGAAACGUCGGGAAACUUUGAGCACGCCCUUGUUACCAUCUUGCAAUGUGCUGAGAAUCCCGGGAAGUACUUUGCCAAGGUACUCCAUAGAGCAAUGAAAGGUUUGGGAACAAAUGAUAAAACACUUAUAAGAGUGAUUGUGACAAGAGCUGAGAUUGACAUGCAAUAUAUUAAGGCAGAGUAUCAUAAGAAGCAUCAUAAAACUCUGAAUGAAGCUGUUCACUCUGAGACAUCGGGCCAUUACCGGACCUUUCUUCUAUCACUCCUGGGCCCGGAUCGGCAUUAAGAAGCAGGCCGGGUUGUAGUUUGUGUUAUCGUUUCCAUCUAGCGGUAGCUGCAGGUUUCUGUGCAUUUGAAUAAAUGUGUGAUAACUCUAUUCUAAAUUGUAUGGUUGUUACUACGUUAACGAUGCUCUUCUAGGUAUUUGUUUGUGUGUUCUUCUAAAUUUGUCUUAUGUGUAAAUCUU